AAACACAGAGCAGGACAAAGUGAGCCCCUGUUCCUGGGAACGCUCCCAUUGCAUGUUUGGAAAGACGUCUGAACAGUGUGACUGUUCAAUUGGUACCAUGCAUUGCGCCCAGGGAUCUGUGGGACCAGUGGAGAACUAGGUUCUGGCACCCCGCUCACCCUGAGGUUUGGAGAACGCCCCCUGAAGAAGGCAACCUCGGAAAUGAUUUCUACACUGAUGUUAGCCGGAAACACGGGGCGGGAGGUAUUAUGGCAGACGUUGAGACUCACAUGUGUAAUAAAAGUUUGUUCAGAAAACUGGGAAUGGCAAGUGCUUGGGACAGCUGCCGUGAGCCGGGCAUUGCCUGUUUAUUGCUUCCUGCUUUUCCAGCCCGUUAAAGGCAAAAGCAUUUUGGUGUCUGACCCUGGAAAUGGGCCUAACCCCCAAAGAGCUUAUGCCUGCGUUGAAUUUGGAAGAGAUGGAAGGGCGGAGCGCGGGGGUAGGGAUCUGACAAAAUCAAAGCUACGGGAAAAUGGACAGUGAGGUCCAGAGAGAUGGAAGGAUCUUGGAUUUGAUUGACGAUGCUUGGCGAGAAGACAAGCUGCCUUAUGAAGAUGUUGCAAUACCACUGAAUGAACUUCCUGAACCUGAACAAGACAACGGUGGCACCACAGAAUCCGUGAAAGAACAAGAAAUGAAGUGGACAGACCUGGCCUUGCAGUACCUCCAUGAGAAUGUGCCCCCUGUUGGAAACUGACUCUUGGCUCCUGUCUCAUGGAUGGAUUUUCAAAAAUAUAGAGAGAUAAAAUGUUU